UGUUAUUUUGCGCAUAUUUGUACGCAACGCGAAUUUAUUGGUGUUUGUAACCUAAUUUAAUUUUUUAAUAACUAGUCCGGCAACAAUAAACAAUAAUUUGUUAACAAAAGUAUUGAAAUUGACCAAAGUUCGUUUCUUUUUGGAAAUGGCAGAAAGAUACGAAUCUAGUGAAAGAAAUUACGACUGUUAUUCAAGUGAUUUCAAACGUGACAAAAAUAACGAGAAUGAAGAAGACGAUGGCAACGAUCACAGGAGAAGCAUAGAACAUGAUAAUCCUAAUGAAGCUAAUCCAGCUAGUCAAAAAGCCGCCGAAUAUGUACGCGAUCUCCUUGCUGAAAAACUAUCCCUUGAUCAGGGUAAACACCGUAAUGCUUCGAGGCUAAUUGAUGAAGAGAUUACGAAAGUUCAGACAUUGGGAAGAAUUCCUGCAAGAGAUGUAAGAUAUGUGGACAUUUAUAGAGAAAAGCCAAUUAAAGUUACAGUUAAAGUUCUUGUUCCCAUUAGGGAACACCCAAGGUUCAACUUUGUUGGAAAACUUUUGGGACCUAAAGGAAACUCAAUGAAACGUUUACAAGAAGAAACCAUGUGUAAAAUGGCCAUUUUGGGUCGUGGCUCUAUGAGAGAUCGUCAGAAAGAAGAGGAAUUAAGACAAUCACUUGAACCAAAGUAUGCCCAUUUGAAUGACGAACUCCAUGUUGAAAUAUCUGCUCUAGGACCACCUGCUGAAGCCCACGCUCGAAUUGCUUUUGCACUUGCAGAAGUACGUAAAUAUUUAAUUCCUGAUAGCAAUGAUAAUAUCAGACAAGAACAGCUAAGAGAGUUAGAAAUUAUGACUGCCACUGAUCCCAAUGCUGAAUGUCCCUUUCCGACCAAAAGAUCUACAGUACCCAGAGGUAUGAUACCUCAUGAGCGCAUGAAAGACAUAGAUGACCCAACUAAGGAGAGCCCCCUGCCCCCUAAACGACCUGCUUUAUCACGAGCACCACGGGGGCCUCCAAUAAUGAGAAGUGUUUCCCGACCCACUAUAAGCAGUAGAACAGUCAUGCCAGCUAAAACUAAAAUAAUGUCUAUCUUAGAUAGAGCUCGAGUUGCCAUGGAAGAAAGUUACGGAGGGGUUGAAGAACCCUACGAGCCUGUCGAACCGGCCUACGUGUCUUACCCCGCGAUCGCAACCCAUGCCAAAUCAUAUUCAACAUAUUCAUAUGGACAGGCUGAGUAUGAAUCAGAAUAUUAUACAAGAGAGCCUGAAUAUGAACCUUCGGGUCAUCGUUGGAAAAAUUAUAAAUCGAGCGGAGGCACAUCGCGCCCCCUCGAAUCCUCGACCCGAUAUCGAGCAUCGCCCUACACACGUUCAGCAAAAUAAGUCGAAGAUAUAAAUAAAAUAAUUAACUGAUUAAUUUGCAGACUGAUUUUGUAACUUAGCUUAAAUCCAACAAAUUCAUUAAUUUAUUUAACAAAUUACGCCAGGGAGGGGAGAGUUGUCAAUUAUUUUUUUAAUUUAGUUUACAGUAACUAAACAAAAUGUAUUUUACGAUUAAUGAGGGAAAUGUAAUCUAAAAAGCUCUUAUCGGUAAUGCGAACCAUUACAAAACCAAUGUGUAUUUUUUGUUGGCGCUAUGAAUAAUUUUUAAAAUAAAUCUCCAAAUAAUCAUGAUUUCUGUAAUCAUAAAGUUGCAAAUCCAGUCUAAGCUCAUCGGUUACAUAAAAGUUCUACAAAUAACUAAGAUAAUUCUUAGCAAUAACUGAAUUUAAUAACUUAAUCGUUUUCAAAAUAAAUUUGUAGUUGCGAUUUUCAUCAGCUGUAGAAAGUAAUAAAUGUUUAAUUAAACCCUUAUCGUGUCUUAAGUGGUAUAUUACACAAGUAAAACUCGCCAGAUUCAAUAUGAAAAGCGCAAAUUUAUCAUCGUCCCGGUUUAUUAAUCCCCAGUUAAAUCAUACAUCACAUUAAAUCAACUCAAGACAUGGUACAAAGUAGUAACGCUUAAAUUUUAUACUUAAAUAAAAUCGUUCAGGUCAUCAACUAAUUUAUUAUUUCUAAUUAAAAAGUGACAAUUUAACUGAGUAUUUGUAAACCGUUAAUAAAAAGAAACAAUUUAAUGUAACGUAGAUAGAAAGCCCUUGAAUUCAUUUAAUAAAUGUGUAUGCUAACAAA